CUACCUAAAAACAUCUAAGUGUGUCAAACAUGAUCCAGUCCUAAAUUUUAGUUACAUCUUUCACAGUUUCGGAAACUAUAAAUCAAAAUUCUUCGUGUCUAAAUUAUAAUGUCUGACGAGGGGGAGAAUCCACCACAAGGGGAUGAAGCGGGGGACAUACAAUUCGAUGAAGUUCAGUUUUUUGCCAAACUAACACAACCGUUACUCUUGGCUCUUCCAAACGGAACCGAUAGAGCCAGAGCGGCGGCAUGGGCGGAGAAGCUGACCGAUCCUGAAAUAGCCUCUGACAGGAUCCGCGUCGAAUAUUUAAAACUACUAAUUUUUGUCCUCCAAAAGGGAUGUUUAACAGGGAUUUUCGCGGACGACCCCGACACCUACAAAGUACUGGUGGAUUUCUCCGAUAGCUUCAGCAUCAACGACUUUGCUAGAUGCAUACUAGAGAAGGAGGUUAAAGAUAAGGCAGCUCUUUUGGAAGAUGAACUGGGCGGAAAAACUAACGCGGCACCGAUACAGUACGACUUCUCAGAGGACAAGAAGGAAUAUUGUGCGGCGCAGGAUAUUCUUAAUUUUGGGGUUCACAGUUACUAUGCGUUUUCCGGCGAACCUUUUCCAAGGUGGCAGAAUGCUGAAAACGCCCUUUCAUUCGCCAAAUGUCACAUGAACAUAGCAGCCGACGUGGCAAGAAGAAUAUGCGUGUGUGAUCCAGAUGGUGAACAGAAGGAGUGUCGUCUUAACGACGUCUUGGAACCUCCGAAGAAGAAACAUUACGGUCUCAUCCCACCGGUCCAUCCUCUAGGAGAACGAAUACCGGAGAAGAAAGGCCUGCUGCCCCAUCCACUGUAUGGAUCACCGAUCCUUGACCUUAGUACACGAGGUACUAAAAGGACCAUGGAGAUCGGCUGCCCGGAAGAAGAAGAGGCACCGUGCUAUAGUAAACGGGCUGACAUUAUCAGCAGGCAAAUAGAGGAGUUGCAGUGCAAACUGCACUCUAUCAGAGAGGCUGUAGGCGGUGGAUGCAACCAGCAGAGCUGCGUCAGACGUAGACAUAGACGUUAUGUUGCGGAAGAGGAGUUCGAGUUCGGAUCUUUGAGGCUCAGAGGCGGCGCCGGUAUUAACGAGGACGAUGUGAAAGAUGUAAACAAGUCCUGUGCCGAGCUACAGGAACGAAUUGACCAACUAAUGAAGAGCCUGCAUGAGACCGAUCAACAGGUGGAAGAGGCUUUGGUUAAUAGUGGCAUUAAGACCAACGUGGAAAGCAACGAAGAAAGAAAGGAUAGAGCUGAAUCCGAAAGUAGUGAUGAAGACGAUGAUGGAGUUUGUGACCUGGAGGAUGAUGGCGAUGAAGGUAUUGUAAAGUUCUCUAGUAUGCAUUUCUUCAGACUUCAGACACACAAUAUUCUAAAUACUUCGAUACUGAGAAUUUCAGGAGGAGCAGAUAGUAAAAAAGGAUGCAAUCCUUCAACUUGUAAAGGGUCAACUAGUAGGGCAAACUCAUCUGGAGCCAAUUCUUCUGCUGGAGAAGCAAGUACAAUGCAAGGACCAGCGGUUAAUAGAGAGGAUUUGGCAUUCCAUAGGCAUGUGCAACAAAAUUGUCCGGUACCCGGAGCCGAUCAACCCCAAAACUAUAUUCCGGGAGAAGUACCAAGCUUUCAACGAAGACCGAACAUCCCCGGUUACGAUCAGCAUCUCGCCAGAGUUUCUGAAGGAAAUUAUCAAGGUUACCAAAGUCCAAUUUUGGGCCUUCCCCCUCCACUUCCACCCAGAGAUAACACACCCGUCAGGAUUCCCCCUCAAUAUGGAGACGCUGCCUGGCAGGGACAUGUGGAAAGACAACAAAGAUCCCGUAUACCCGUACCUACGCAGUCCAGGCAAGCCUGCCAAAGGGAUAACUCAGCACGGACUCCCAUAAGCUAUAAUGCGGCCGCGGCUGCCCAGCAUUCGCAGCGUAUAGCGGCCGGCCGACAGUCAAUGUUGACACGGCAGGAGAUGAUUUCAGGGGCGAAAUGCUCGAUGGCCGGUGCGAUGCGACAACCCUCAGGCUACAAUGCCUCCGCCGUAAGCCAACAUGUGAGCCGUAUACAGUCGGGACGUCCGAAUGAACAGAACCUGCCGCCGCUAGAUCGCAUGCUGAAUAUGGAUAAGGUGAUGGCGCAACCGGCAAACUACAACCAGGCAGCGGCGGCCUCGCACAUCCAGAGGAUGGCAGAAACUAGACAAGGACCUUGCCAACAACAACGGUUGCCUGGAGAAGGCUUAAAACCGGACUUGAAUGAUCCCAAUUAUCGCCGACAAAUUGGUUAUGACAAUCAACCGGCACAAUACGGUGAUGCGGCCUGGCAGGCACACGUAAGAAGAAGAUCUCAGGCAAACGAGAAUGCAGGUCAGGCAUGUCCGCUUCAGAUGCGUCCCACAAAUCCGGCGGCGGCCAUGCGACAACCGGCCGGACCUUACAAUCAAUCUGCUGUGGAACGACACGUGGAUAGGAUGAUAACCGCUAGACAGCCACCUCCCCAGCAACCUUGUGCACAGCCUGGCGGCCAAAUUCCCGCUCAGUAUCGUGAUCAAGCCUGGGAGGCGCAUACGCAAAGAAUUUCGGCAGCGCAGCAGCGAUGUCAGGUGGCGAAUGCGCCAACGUUGACGCCAGAACAGGCAAUGAGACCUCCAGGUUUUCCAUACCGACCGGAACCAGUCGAGGAGCAUGUCAGUCGGAUUCGUAGUGCCUCUAGGAUUCCUAGACCAUGUCCUGGUGGCGGUGGUGGAGAACAAAGCGUUGCUAUGUCUGGAGAUGGUAUUCCAUCAGAUAUGGUUCAAAGAGGAGGAUAUUCAAAUACCCCUCCCAGUUUUCUUCGACCGCAGAAUGCAGGGUAUUAUGGAUCACCAAUCGAUAUUACACCCCGGAUAUUAGAUUUCUCCAGCCCUAAGCGAGGAGCAGGACGAAAAGAAGGUGAAGAGUACUCAUCUGAUUCCAGUUAUGGCCCGGGAUUUUUUACAUUUAAUUUAAGUAGUAUGACUGACUCAGAACCAGAAGUUGCUGAUGUUUCAAAUAUGGCGUGUCCAAACAACGCAGGAGUUCAAAACCGGAAAAAUAUAUCAGAACUCGCAGCAUUAGCAGGAUCGUGGACAGAAGACAUAGCCGCCGGAAUGGGGAGGUCACCUGGACUCGGACCAUUUGCUGAUCAACAAUUCACGAAUCCUGAUUUUGGUUUUGGACAGGUUGCCCUAGAACAACAAGACCCAAGAUAUAAAUUUAAGCGAAGGCCACUGUAUAGACCUCCACCUCCUCCUCAGGGUGGUUCAUGUCCUUUACAACGUCCUCUUCCUCCACAACGUCCUGUUGCAAGAGGAGACGCCUCAUGUCCUCUGCAACGAUUUUCAGAUUUACCACAAAAUGUUUUUCCUGUACAAGAUCUUACUCCAACGGCAGGCCAACAACGAUUUAAUGAAAUUGGUCAAACGCAACAAGAUUUUCCACAAGGUGCUCGUCCUGUACAAGAUCUCUCUUCAAGGACAGGUCAACAACGAUUAAUUGAAAUGAUAGAAGCUGGUCAAGCUCAACAAGCUCAACAAGUGUCUACAAUGGCGGACUCCUCACAAAUAUCUACAAUAUCGGGUUCUCCACAACAAAUGUCUGCAAUGGGAGGUUCUCCGCAACAAAUGUCUGCAAUGGCUGGUCCUCCACAACAAAUGUGUGCAAUAGGAGCUGGUCCACAACAAAUGCCCGUAAUGGCAGGUCCUCCACAACAAAUGUCCACAAUGGCAGGUCCUCCACAACAAAUGUCCGCAAUGGCAGGUCCUCCACAACAAAUGUCCGCAAUGGCAGGUCCUCCACAACAAAUGUCCGCAAUGGCAGGUCCUCCACAACAAAUGUCCCAAGCGGCAGGUCCCCAACAACUUGCAGGUGGCAACACUUAUGAUGUUUAUUCAGAUGCUGAGAGUAACGCACAAGCUUAUGAAGAACCGCAAAGACCCAGAGUUUGUGAUUGUAACGCCGGCAAUGGAUGGGAUGAUGAAGAAUCUUGUAUGGGAGGUGGACUUCGGCCUGAAACUUGUUUGUGUCCAACUGAACCACACCCACCGAGGAUAGCAUGCGGACCUCGUAUAGUAUCAGACGAACUAUAUGCAGUAAUUCCGUGCCGGGCCCAAGAAAAGAGAGAAGGAGAAUCAAAAAUAGAUCUUCAUCAAAUAGGAAUUCCACCCCAUUUGUCAUCAGUUGAAGGAGUAAAAUCUUCGUUUAAAAUGAAAAAUAAAAGUGCCCACAGCGAUGUAAAAUCGAAAAGUGAUUCUCAAAUUAAAAACUACAAAUCCGCAAACUUUACGUAUAAAUCAGAGUUGAAUGCCGGCGAAGGUUUUUACUCGGUGCUAUGUGACAGCUCUAACAACCAGUCUAAUCUGGUUUUAGACAUUUUGUACAUAAACAAGCAUAUGGAUUUUGGUAUGAUUGAAGAAGUGCCGAUUCAGCUUCGUCUUAGAGGAGGGGCCAGCUGUGAAUCUCAAUCAGCCAUAUCACUUAAGAACAGCAGUAGCGAUAGCAACAUGGAAGUGUCCAUCGACCUGCGACCGAGAGGCGGCACUUACCGCUCCGAUGUUCUUCGACUGCAAUGCAAGAGCUUGCCGAGACUGACCAAUCACUGUGACUGCUCGGAGAAGAAUUUCAUUACGCCGCUCCUCACGGCUUCCUCAUCCCAGAUCUUGGAGAGGAGCACUUGCCCAUUUAGAAAUUAUCAACUUAAAACCGAGAAGGAACCGGUCAAGAGAGCCCGUCUGUGGGGAGGUGGAAAAAAGGAGGAUCAGAAGAAGAAGGCCAAAGAGCAGGAAUGCCGUAAGCAACAAAGGGCUUCGCAAAACGAGACAUUUGCGAAGCGAGCUGCUUCGAGAAAGGCAUGCCCACCUAAAACUGCAGCACGUAGAGGACAAGCUGCUGCAGAAACUGCGGUGCAAGCUGCCCAGUUGGCCGUUGAACAAGCUAGGGCUGCAAAAGAGGCUGCUUCAGCGGCAUCAGCUGCAGAAGCGAAGAAAAAGGGGGCAAUACCUCGAACUACAUCACGGUUAGCAAGUAAAACAAAAACGAGUCGAAAAAAACCAACAGCAGCAGAAACCAAAAAAAAUACUAUAGUUCGGUUGGAUAAUCUUGAUGAAGAAGCUGCUCAACUAGCUAUGCUUAAGGCUAUGGAAGAAGAAGAUCGAGAAAUAGCUGCGUUUUUAGCUUCCGCAAAAGCCAAAGGUUUUGAAUGCCCCCAGCGUGACGAUAUAGACCCAUAUGCCAUGCAACAAGAAAUGCAACAAGCAAUGCAACAAGAAAUGCAACAAACAAUUCAACAAGAUGAGUGUGCUAUGCAACAAGAUUUGGGUGCCAUGGGGGGUGCCAUGGGGCUAGAUUAUGAUCCUUUUGCAGAUGAUGAAGGUCCUUUAGGAAAAGUUACUGAUCCCACAGUACAAAGCAUACCUGCCAUGCUACAAAGUUUACCUACCGUACCAAUAAGCAUGCCUCCUACCAUGCCACUAAGUAUGCCUGCCAUGCCACGAAGUAUGCCUACCAUGCCACAAAGUUUACCUACUAUGUCACAAGAUGUGUGUCCUUUGGAACAAGAUGUAGGUGCUACGGCGCUAGAUUAUGAUCCUUUUGCAGACGACGAAGGUCCUUUAGGAAAAAUUGCACCUGAUCCAUAUGGUGGGUUGGAUCCUUAUGAUUACUAUAGUGGACUUAUUGAUACACUUCCCGGUUCCGGUGAUGUACCCACUUUACCUCAAAGUACCAUGCUCAAAAGUCUACGCUCCAUACCACAAGAAGUGGAUGCCGUACAAGAAGAUGUAUGUGCCAUAGAACAAGGUCCAGAUGCCAUUCCACCAGAUCCAUUUCAGAUGGAUGCAUAUGGCAACUUUGAUGCAAUAGGCGAUGAUUUUUUGGAUGAAUUGGCUCCUGAAUUGGGUGACGAUGUUUGUGAUUUAGUCGCACCUGCUGAUGAUGCAUUCGAUAUACCAGACGAUGUAUUUUCCCAACUUCAAGUACCGGAUUCCUUGCAACAAGAUGUUUGUGCGAUGGAACAACGUCCAGAGGCCUUGGAACCAGACCCAUUUCUGGGCAAUCUGGAUGAAAUGGGUGGUGAAUUAUUGGAUACAUCUCUUCCCGAUUUGAUGGAUUUAGAUGCAGAUGCCGGUGAGUGCGCGAUGCCUCAACGUGCUAUGCCCCGAAGUCCACCUCCCAUGGUAUUAGAUUACGAUCCAUUUGCGGAUGACCAAGGUCCAAGAGGACAAAUAUCAAGUGCCAUGCCACAAAGUCCACGUGCCAUGUCACGAAGUCCAGGUAUUGCACCACAAAGUCCACGUGCCAUGUCGCGAAGUCCAGGUAUUGCACCACAAAGUCCACGCGCCAUGUCACGAAGCCCAGGUAUUGCACCACAAAGCCCACGUGCUAUGGCCCGAAGUCCAGUUAUUGCACCACAAAGUCCGCGUGCCAUGUCACGCAGUCCAGUUAUUGCACCACAAAGUCCACGUGCCAUGCCACGAAGUCCGGGUAUAGCACCACGAAGUCCGGGUAUAGCACCACGAAGUCCACGUACCAUGCAACAAAGUCCUGGUAUUAUGCAACAGAGUAUGGAUGCCACGCAACCAGAUGUAUGUGAGAUGGAACAAGGUCCAUAUGAUCCAUUUCAGAUGGAUCCUCUUGGAAAUAUAGGUGGAAUGGACGGUGGACUCUUAGAUACAUCUAUACCCGAAAUAACUGACGAUAUAUGCGAUUUAGAUGGUGAUUUAGGUGGUGACUUAGGUGGAGAUUUUGGUGAUUAUUUAGGUGCCGAUUUUGUCGGAUCCGCAGAUGAUCAAUGCGUUUUACCAGUCCAAGAGAACGAAAGCCCCUUUGAGAUUGAAAUUCCAAAGCCAGAUACUAUAUGGAGUAUGCCAGAAAGAAUAGAUACCGUGCCAAAAAUUUUAACUAUACCUCAACAGACCUUUGCCGCCACCCCAUUAGAUUAUGAUCCUUUUGCAGACGACGAAGGUCCUUUAGGAAAAAUUCCAAGUGCUAAAAGUCCUCGUACUAUGCAACAAAGUCCACGUACCAUGCAACAAAGCCCUCGUACCUUGCAACAAAGUCCUCGUACCAUGCAACAAAGUCCUCGUACCAUGCAACAAAGUCCACGUACCAUGCAACAAAGUCCUCGUACCAUGCAACAAUUAGAUCCAAUGGGCGGCGGACUUUUGGAAACAGCUGCAACCGAUUUCGGUGGUGGUGAAGUAUGCGAUUUGCCUAACACAGGCGCUCUUGCAACAAUAGCUGAAGACGCUACAGGUCCUAUGGAGUUUCCACAACCAACAGUUAACCAAGCGGCAUUGGAUGAAAUAGACAGACUACAAGAAGAGGCUGACAGACUAACUUACGAAGCUAUGAUCAAGGCCAUGGAAGAAGAAGAUCGUGAGAUAGCUGCCUUUGUCGCUCAGGCACAAGCUGCUGGUGUCGUUAAGGGACAACCAGGCAAAGGGAUACCUAAACCUAAUUUCGGUCGCAGACGUCAGCGAACUCCUACCUGUAAACGACCAGGUCCACCGGUUCCAAGGCCUCCUGGUCCGCCGUCAGCAGCAAAACGUCCGGGUUCGAUGCGACCACCACCACCAUCUGCUGUAACACCACAACGACCCAAACGUCCUGCUGCACCACCCACUACUGUGAAAAAGCCAGCGUCCAGUCGACUUCCUUCUAGUGCAAUACCAGGAGCUACACCACAAACAAUGAGAGGACGACCGCGGGAACAAGCACCGGCUGCAAGACCUGGUGCAAUACCACAAGCAGGAGGGGUGUGUCGUUUGCCAAGAGCAGGAGCGUCAAGAGCGUUGCCCCAAAUAUCAGAAGUAGCAUCAUCCGAAAUGUCAGCGUCAGCAGCAUCAGCAGCACCAGCAGCUCCCGUCACCACACUUGUUCCAAGAAAACCGGGAGUAGGUAAAGGACCCGCAAGAUUCGGUUUGCGGCCUCCAGGUUUUGGAAAAAGUGUCUUGCGUCCACCAGCCAUUACAGACAUGCCGCCAUCGGAAGCUCCCCCAGGGGAAAUAACGGUUUCCGCACAACCAGCUUCUUCAGAUACCGAACAGGAUCAGAGAAUCGUAGUGACUGCUACGUCAACGGCCACUACUUCACAUGUUAAUGUGGCGACGGAAGGAGCACCUGCCCAAGUCGAAGUUAUCAUAAAGCCGCCAGAACCACAACCGCCUCGUCCAGCACCUCAACCGCGUAUAUCACCUUGCGAUGCACAAAGUAGCUCAGCAGUUGAUUCCAGUAUGCCAAUGGAUCGACCUAAACCCCCCGGACCUGUUUGUCAACUAAGGCGUAAAGCACCGGCGGCCCAAGCGGCUGGUCCAGCACCUUGCGAUGCACCGCCUAGUCCUCCAGUAUCCAUAUCAAUGGAACGUAUUCCUAGGCCCGGGGCUGUUUGUCCUCUAAAGCGUAAAGCACCCCUGGCUAUCACGGCUGGGCCAGCACCAUGUCAACUACCUACUGCAGGAAUACCUCAACCUCAACCUUCUGCCGCCACGGCUGGGGCAGCAGUAUGUCGACUACCUACUAGAGGAAUACCUCAACCCACGGCUGGAGCAGCACCAUGCCGACUACCUACUAGAGGAAUACCUCAACCUUCUAGAGGAAUACCUCAACCUUCUGCAAGAGGCGGAAUUCCUCCUCCUGGGAGCCGUAUAGCAGCUCCAACAGGAAUUCCAGGAAGAGGAAUUCCUACUAGAGGGUUAGGAAUACCUGGCCCAUGUGCACGGGCUCCCAGUCCAGUAGCUGGCCCUCCACCAACUACUUCAAUUGUCCCCUACACUUCUCCAGUAGCCGGUCCCUCCCGGGUCCCGAGUCCUGGUCGUCCAACCACUCCAGUGGCUGCACCAUACACUUCUCCAGUAGCCGGUCCUUCCCGGGUCCCGAGUCCUGGUCGUCCAACCACUCCAGUGGCUGCACCAUACACUUCUCCAGUGGCUGGACCGUCACGGGCCCCGAGUCCCGGUCGUCCAACCACUCCAGUUGCUGGAGCAUACACUUCUCCAGUAGCUGGUCCAUCAAGAGCCCCGAGUCCCGGUCGUCCAACCACUCCAGUUGCUGGAGCAUACACUUCUCCAGUAGCUGGUCCAUCAAGAGCCCCGAGUCCCGGUCGUCCAACCACUCCAGUUGCUGGAGCAUACACUUCUCCAGUAGCUGGUCCAUCAAGGGCUCCGAGUCCUGGUCGUCCAACGUCUCCUGUUGCUGGUCCAUCACGAGCUCCAAGUCCAGGUCCGUGUGCUGGUCCAGCUCCGUGCGCUGCUCCAGGAGGAGCGGGUGUGUGCAAACUUCCAAGAGCUGGCAGAGGUAGAGCAAGAGGUAUACCACUUCCCAAAACUGCAGGACGUCCUGCAGUACAAAGUACACUGAAACUUCCACUUGUUGAUGGUAUGACCGUAUCUCAAAGAAUUAUUAAAAAGAUUGAUGAUGAAUACAAGGAAAAUGAGGAAGAUUUUUAUGCUCAAAUGUACUUGGCCGAUGCAGCCGAAGAAAAUGCUGUGUUUAAUGUUUGGGAAGACAAACCGUGGACUAGUAGGUAUUUUCCACAUUCAAUGUUACGUUUCUCGCCGAGGAGUUAUGAUCCGUACCGCUAUCAUAUGACGCUCUCACCGAAAACCCAGCAAAUAUACGAAGAAGAAUUUAAACAGAACGUUCCUAAAACGCCAGAAAAAUGGAGUUUCGAUGAAAAUCUAGCAACACCACCUGAGUUGAAAACUCCACAAAGGUUGAAAGUGCCUGAAGUGAACUAUAGGCCACAAAUUAUGACUGAAGAGGAGAUGAUAGAGAAGUUACCUUCCGGUUAUCAAUUCACACCUCAAGAAGUGUGCGAAAGGGAACCUGAGGAAUAUCCAAAAUCUCCAGAGCCAUAUGAGGGAUGGUCGGAUAAUUUGACAACACCACCAGAGUUACUUUUGCCACCUAGACUUUAUCAUCAAAAACGCAUAGAGCCCGAUUACAAUCCGCAGCUUUUGAGUGAAGAGGAGAUGCUCAAAGAUUUCAAAACUCCCCCUCGUCCAAUACCCGGCUUUGCAUUUAAUAUAGAGCCAAUGAGCGAGGAAGGUGAUCCUCAAAAACUUGUUGUGAAAAGUGACGCGAAGGAAGGAAAGUCUUCUGUUAACAUUUUGGCUGAAGGGCCGCCGUCUAAAGUCAAUAUUUCGAUCGAUAUACCUCCGAAAACACCAAAGCCAUCCCCAAAACCUUCAUCUUCAGCUCGGAAACCACCAAUUUCAGUUCCGAAACCAUCAGUUCUCCCUCCAGAUUUUAAGGAACAACUUCCAUUAGCUGCGCGGGGAUCACCUCAAUCUCCUGGUUCUCCACAAGCUGGUUUUAUGAGCGAUAUGGCCAAGCAGUUUCCAUCCAAACGUCCAUCUCGUUCACGUAUGCAACUUUUUAUCGGAAAGAAAAUGCGUCCUUUGCGAGGUUCCCAAAAGCCUAAAGGUGGUAGAAUUCAAGAGAGCCCACUCGAACAAUACGCUGACAAAGGGAUUGAAAUACCAUCGCAAGGUGCUCCACGAUCACCACGUGCACCGUCACCACAAGCACAAGUUUCUGCACCACGAGCACCGUCACCACAAGCACAAGUUUGUGAACGACGUGCACCAUCACCACAAGGAGAUAUGUCGAUUCUGGCCGAAACGGAUGAGGUUCCUGUAGAUGAUGAAAGUUGGCUGCCUCCAGCUGACUGGCGACCUCCGGUUGUUACUCGUGUUACUGUUCCAUUGCCAGUUGAACAAGUCUCAGGCUGGUUACCUCCAACUAAAUAUCAGCCUCCAUCGACCUGGACUUCACAACCUAGUGGGGCUGAUCAAUGCGUAUUAGAGGACGAUCCCCUCGAAUUAGGUGAUAUAAACUGGGUUCCUCCACCAAACUGGCGUCCACCGGGCCAGGCACGCCCUGGAGAAGAAAUAUUUGAGAGUGCAGAUAAUCUUGAAAUAUUAGGAGACGACGAAGCACCCUUAAUGGUUUCGCCUGGAUAUGAUGAUCCUGAUGUUUGUCCAGCGCCUAAAAGAAAGUUACCUCGGCCUUCUGGAUUAAGGCCACCCCAAGCUUCAGGCUUAAGACCACCUCAAACAUCAGGCUUAAGACCACCUCAAACAUCAGGCUUAAGACCACCUCAAACAUCAGGCUUAAGACCACCUCAAACAUCAGGCUUAAGACCACCUCAAACAUCAGGCUUAAGACCACCUCAAACAUCAGGCUUAAGACCGCCUCAAACUUCAGGCCUAAGACCUCCAGAGGCUACAGGCCUAAGAGCGCCACAAGGUCAAUGUUUAAGAGCUCCCCAAGCUUCAGGCUUAAGACCGCCACAAGCUUCAGGCUUAGCACCUCCACAAGCUUCAGGCUUAGCACCUCCACAAGCUUCAGGCUUAAGACCUCCACAAGGCUUAAGACCCCCACAAGCUUCAGGCUUAAGACCUCCACAAGGCUUAAGACCGCCACAAGCUUCAGGCUUAAGACCACUCCAAACAGGAUCAGAACAAACUCCUACAAGUGUCCUGAGAGCUACCGGCCUGAGAGCUCCUCAGGCGGGAGCACAAGGGCGCGGAAGAUGUCGUCGUAGAUGAAACCAGAAGUAGAAGAUAAUCAAAAUGGAAUUAAGGAGAAUCGAUAGGAUAUCUAGAAAUAAAGAACUAAGAACUGGAGCACCCUCAAGGAUGAUUUUAACUUACUGUAUAAGCUAGUCCGGUAUCAAGUCAACUAAAUUAUGAGAGCAAUCAACAUCUACCACCAUGUUCUUAUUACUAGCAAUUACUAUUCUUUGUAAAUAUUAUGAAUGUAGCUAAAGUAAUGCGAAACAGUCCCUGUGAUACAGUACAAA